AUGAGUUCCAUUGGUACUGGCUAUGAUUUGGCCGCCUCCACCUUUUCUCCUGAUGGCCGUAUCUUCCAAGUAGAGUAUGCCCAGAAGGCCGUAGACAACUACGGUACAGUCCUGGCUAUCCGUGGAAAGGAUGGCGUUGUUACUGCUGUGGACAAGGUUGUGCAUUCAAAGUUGGAGAUCCAGGUAGUAACUUGCUUCAUCGGGUUUUUAUUAUGUGUUUAGAACUCAAAUCCGAGAGUGUCUAAUGUCAACGAUUAUAUUGGGUGCACAGCUGCGGGAGUCUAUCCCGAUUGCAGAAGUCUUUUGGAUUAUGUUCAGGAAGAAGCUCUAAAAUAUUUGAAGGAAUACAGGGAGCCAAUUCCCGUCAAGAAGUUGGCCAAUCUGGUAUGUUUGAUACGGAAUUUAUUUUGGUCUUUUACCUUUGUACCUAAAUUUGCACCCCUGGUUAAUGAUUUUGUUGAUGAGUUUAUUUUUUAGCUCGCUGAGUACGUUCACAUCUUCACCUUGGGUAUCCAUCGUCCAUUUGGAGGCUCGGUCUUCCUCACCGCGUAUGAUGAGAAACUUGGAGGCUCUCAAAUCUAUCUGAUUGAGCCAUCUGGUCUGGUAUAUGAGUAUAAAGCUUGGGCGGUUGGUAAACAUCGGCAGGCUGCCAAGACCGAGAUUGAGAAGCUCAAAUUGGAAGAAUUGAGUGUUAAGGAUCUGGUUAAAGAAGCCGUGAGAAUCUUGCUAACCGUUCGAGAUGAGUCCAAAGACAAGAACCUAAGGAUUGAAAUGGGAUGGGUGGGAAAACACACCAAUGGAAAGCAUCAGGUACAUUAUUUUAGCUUCAGAUGUUUAUUUUGUUUGUUUUGUGUCUUAACGAAGUCGUUUUCAGGCGGUUCCCGAGGACACUGUAGUCGAGGCCGAAAGAUGGGCAAAGAGCAAAUUGGAGGAAGAAGAUAUGGAGGAAUGA